AUGUACAGUGCUUUAAGGUCUUUUCUUUUUCGUAAAUCUGUUGUAUCUGUUAUAGGAGUUCUUGUUGCAUUAUUGAAUAAUGAAUGUUCUGAAGACGGUUUAUUUUCUAGUCAUUAUUUGAAUUCAAGAUUUUCGAGAAUAUUAUCUUCAGCUAAUAAUGGAAAUGAAUAUGAUAUUUUAGAUUUAGGUAUACCCUCAGUAUUUAGUGUAUUUUCCUUAAGUAAAGAAGAAAUGAUGACCUUAUUAAAAGAUGUAUAUGGGAAAACAAAGAAAGUUAAUUUGAGUGAUGAAGAAAAAAUAAUUAGAGAUAUAAAAAAAUAUGGAAUGUCUUGUAACUAUAGUGCUAUACCUUAUAUAGAUGAAUUUGGUUUAGUUGUUUAUAACAAAAUUGAUAACGAAUUAGAUGCUGAUUUUAAUGAUUUAGAUGAAUUAUCAGAAACAUUUAAAGAUGAUGCUUAUAAUCACUGGGUUAGAGUGAUGAAGAAUGAAGAAAGUAAAUAUUUCCAGAAUUUUGUUGAUUUAAGUACUUAUUACGAUACAUUAAAAAAAGAGAAUUUAAUUUUAGAUAAUUAUAAAGAAGACAAAUUAAAUGAAUGUCGUCAUAUUGUUCCAUUAAAAGCACAAAAGCUUAUACCAGGAUUAACCAAAAUCUUUGAGGAUUGGACUAAAAACGAGAUUUUAUAUAAAAGAGAAUUUGAAACAUUAAUAAAUUCAGUAAGAAUUGCAUGGAAAGCUCUAACUAACUAUGCUCUUUAUGAAUGUAAGAAUAUUUUCAUUAAAAAUUUAGAUGAAAUUGAAGACGUAGAUGAAGAAGAAGAAGAAGAAGAAGAAAAAGAAGAAGAAAAGGAAUCAAGAAAAUCAAAGAAAUCAAAGAAAAAAGAAACGGAAACGGAUGAAAAGAAAAAAGAUGAAAAGGAAAAAGAUGAAAAGGAAAAAGAUGUAAAUGAAAAAGAUGAAAAGGAAAAAGAUGAAAAGGAAAAAGAUGUAAAUGAAAAAGAUGAAAAGGAAAAAGAUGAAAAGGAAAAAGAUGAAAAGGAAAAAGAUGAAAAGGAAAAAGAUGAAAAGGAAAAAGAUGAAAAGGAAAAAGAUGAAAAGGAAAAAGAUGAAAAGAAAAAAGAUGAAAAGGAAAAAGAUGAAAAGGAAAAAGAUGAAAAGGAAAAAAAAGUAAGCAAUAUUAAAAAUAAUCUCAGAGCAGUACCACAAAAUUCUGGUAGUAAUUUUGAUGAAUUUUUAGAUGUCAAAGAAGCUAAUGAAAUUGUUCAAGAUGUGUUACAAGAAUUUGUAGAAGGAAAGAUCUCUGAAGAAGAAGAUAAACAAAAAUAUGCAGAAAAUCUUGAUGAUGAUGAUGAAGAUGAUGAAGAAGAUGAUGAUGAUGAAGAUGACGAAGAUAAUGAUGAUGAUGAAGAUGAUGAUGAUGAUGAUGAUGAAGAUAAUGAUGAUGAAGAUGACGAAGAUAAUGAUGAUGAAGAUGACGAAGAUAAUGAUGAUGAAGAUGACGAAGAUAAUGAUGAUGAUGACGAGGAAGACAAAGGUGUAUAUAAUUUAAAGAAGGAUGAAACAGCUACAAUUAAUAAAGAUAUUAAAGAACUAGAAGAAGUCAUCUCGGUAGAAGACAUUACUAAUAUAUCACUUAAAAUAACUUCUAAUGAAAACAAUAAAGUAGCCAUUCUCAAAAAUGAAUUAAGUGAUUUUUAUCGCAAACAAUGUGAAAAACAUAAAGUAAAAGUAGAAGGUUCAAGAGGAGUAUUAAAAUCAUGUUAUAAUCUUAUCAAAAGUGAAUUAGAAAAAUUGCAGGGAUCUCUUAAUAAAUAUUACUUGUCCUUAUUAAAGGCUAAUGUAUUAACCAAGAAAGAUGCUGAAAAAUACAUUGAUAAUUGUUUGGAUUCUUAUGAUGACUUCAGAAAGAAAAUGAAAGAAACAUGUGAACAAAAGAUAAUUAAAUAUUUCAACAAUGAAGAUUAA